UCCGCCCACAUCCCUCCAGAAUGGGGUUUGACACUAAGAGUGAGGUGAUUGACAGCAGGUCAAAGGUCAGCCUCUGCUCGGGCUCGUGUCACGCAAAGCACAUCCUGCAGGUGCUGAACUCGUACAGACGCAGCGGGACGUUCACAGAUGUGGUGUUGCAGGUGGACGGCUGUGAGUUCCCGUGUCACCGCGCCGCCCUCUGUGCCAGCAGCGCGUUCUUCCACCGCAUGUUCAACGGUCAGUUCCAGGAGAGCCGGCAGGCCGUCGUCAAGCUCCAGGGAAUCUCCAUGAGAGCCAUGGAACAUCUCCUCAACUUCAUAUACGAGGGCAAACUGAUGCUGGACAAGGAGAACGUGGAGAGCAUCUUCCAGGCGGCCGAUCAGCUGGACGUUCCCGUCCUGUCCAAAGCCUGCGUGCAGUUCCUGCAGAAAUGCGUCAGUCACUCCAACUGUCUGGGCCUCAUGGAUUUCGCCGGCUCAUACUUCCUCCAUCCGCUGCAGGAGCAGUGCCAGAACCUGCUGUACCAGGACUGCGAGGAGGUCUUCAAACACGACGAGUUCCUCAGUCUGCCCAAAGCCAGAGUCCUCGAGCUUCUGGCCUGCGAGCAUCUGCAGGUGUCUGAGGAGGUUCUGGUGGCAGCCGUUCUCCGCUGGAUCCAUCACAAACCCGCGGACAGGAAACAGGACGUCCGGGAGCUGCUGGAGAAGCUGCGUCUUCCUCUGCUGGAUCCGGUGUUCUUCACGAGCAUGCUGGAGGCCGACGAUCUGGUGCAGGACUGCAGAGACUGUCGACCGCUGCUGCAGGAGGCCAGACUGUACCACGCUUACGGGCGAGAGGUCAGCUCAGAGCGCACCGAACCCAGGAGGCGUUCUGGUUGGGCAGAGAUGAUCUUCGUGAUCGGUGGAUGUGAUAAGAACGGUUUUUCUCGACUGUCUCACACAGAGAAGUUGAAUCCCCUCACAGGAGAAUGGCUCUGCGCCACGGUGCCCGGAUACUCCAAAUCUGAGUUUUCAGCCUGUGAUCUUCAAAAUGACAUUUAUUUAUCAGGCGGGCAGCUGAACAGUGCAGACGUGUGGUGUUUCAUGUCUCGUCUCAAUCAGUGGGUGCGUGUGUGCGGACUCAACAGAGGCAGAUGGAGACACAAGAUGACGUCCAUGUGUGGAAAAUUGUAUGUCGUUGGCGGUUAUAACGGUCGCGAGCGCUUGACGAGCGUUGAGUGCUACAGUCCCCAUGACAACACGUGGAAGAGUGUCGCUGAUCUCUUACUUCCUGUCACUUCUGCUGCCGUCACCAGCUGCUGUGGGAAACUCUACGCUAUUGGAGGAGCCGUGAGUGAUAUCACCAACACUAACCAGGUUCAGUGUUAUGAUCCGGCGACUGAGCGGUGGGUGUUUGUGUCCUCAAGUCCGUUCACUCAGCGCUCCAUCAACGCCGUCUCUCUCAAUGGCUGUAUUUACGUCACCGGUGGUCUGCUGGACACCAUCUUCUGUUACACACCGAGUGAAGACACGUGGAGUAAAGCUGCCACACUGCCCAUCAGACUGGAGGGCUGUGGACUGACUGUGUGUAACGGGAAGGUUUAUGUUGUCGGUGGGCGUGACGAGUGUUCACUCGCUGUUGACCGGAUCUGGGCGUUUGACCCGUUGAACGGGAAACUGACAGAAGAGAAACCGAUGUCACGCUGCCUCAGUUACCACGGCUGCGUCACUGUACUUCAGCGUCUCUGAUCCACAACAGCCGAUCACAGAAUGAUACUGGACAGCCAAUCAAACAAAGACCUACAUCAAGAUUUCUUACUUCAUUCAGACCCUCGACACGAUCAUCAGCUUUACAAGAAACACGAGUGUGACGGCACUUUUCCACGGCACGUUACGGUUCGACUCGACCCGCUUUACUCUUCUGAGUUUGCAUCUCCACUGCAGUUUAGUGCCGCCUCAACGUGGGUGGGAUUACAGGCUGAUCGUCAUAGUUACACCGCCUCUACUGCCAUGACAUCAUCUUAAACGUGACACAAACGAUAAACAAUAACACGGGCGCUAGCUGUUAGCUGCUAGCUCAUUGUGCAGCAUAAAGCAGUUGUUCAUGGUGAUUUUACACAAGUGUAACAGUUAAAUUGGUUGUUUUAGAAGGUUCCAGUAGCUGCUCAACUAAAUAAACGUGAAGCUUUCAAGCAGAAUAUAGAGUUAACAUAACAAGUCAAGUCAAGUCAUUUUAUUUGUAUAGCACAUUUAACCGAACAACAGUUGACCCAAAGUGCUUCACAGGUUAAAACAGGAAAGGCAAAAACAAUAUGCCUUGACAAAUUCAUAAAAAUGAGUACAGGACUCCUUAAAUACAUAAAAAAAAAAAAAACGUACCAUCCUGCAUCGUGACAGAGUCCAGCGCACUCUCCGUCCCAUUGCUCGCCGGUCUAGAUAGCGUCCAUUAGCUCGAACCACUUCCACUUUUCCUUGAUGGUUCUGUCGUCACUUUAGUGUUUUUUACCUUCCCCUUCACUGUUGGGAGAUCCGGUGGUAUCCGUGUGCGGCCGACAGCUGAGACACUUCCUGAGAGACUUUUUAUAGAGGAACGUCUAAACUCGUUUAUUGACCACGGCAGGGUUUUGCGCACAGCCAUUUCUUUUUUUACAAUUCGAAAGUCGCGUGAAGAAACGAUACUGUUAUUGCUGUUACUAACUUUAUAACUAGCGUGUUGAUGUCGCGUGUAGCAAAUCUAAAUCCAGUGACGCCGAUAGUGACGAUUCUCUCGGACCAAUCAGUGAUCUGCAGGGCUUUGACGUCACUGUUAGUAUCGGCUCGGCUCGCUUGGAACCUCGACCAAGGUGGAACUAAAUAAAGUACCAAGUACCAGGAACUAUCCACAGUGGAUUGAGUUAAGUCGAGCCGUAUCCUGCCGUGGAUAAACUCCAUUAUUUCACCCACACCUGUGUCUUAAAUUAAAUUUCUGUUAAUGGAUGUGAAAUCAGUCAGGUCUCCUUAGCAACCAAAUUGGGCCGGUUGCUAGGGAGGGUAGAGUCACAUGGGGUAACCAAAUUGGGCCGGUUGCUAGGGAGGGUAGAGUCACAUGGGGUAACCAAAUUGGGCCGGUUGCUAGGGAGGGUAGAGUCACAUGGGGUAACCAAAUUGGGCGGUUGCUAGGGAGGGUAGAGUCACAUGGGGUAACCAAAUUGGGCGGUUGCUAGGGAGGGUAGAGUCACAUGGGGUAACCAAAUUGGGCCGGUUGCUAGGGAGGGUAGAGUCACAUGGGGUAACCAAAUUGGGCCGGUUGCUAGGGAGGGUAGAGUCACAUGGGGUAACCAAAUUGGGCCGGUUGCUAGGGAGGGUAGAGUCACAUGGGGUAACCUCCUCAUGGUCACUAUAAUUGACUGGAUUGAGUUCAGUCGAGCCGUAUCGUGCCGUUGAAAAGCUCCAUUAUUUCACCCACACCAGUGUCACAAAUUAACCAGGACUCUGCACAAAUGCCACUCUUUUAUAUCCAGUAUAUAUCGUUAAAUGCAGUAUACAGAUAUUCUAUUAGAGGUAUAUCUAGUUUUAGAUCUAUAGUUUAGUAUGAGUUUGGAGUAUUUGACAAAUGGAUGGCAUGCUGAUUAAAAAGGUAAAUAUUCCCGUCCGAUACAAACUUCCUCUUCCACAUGAACAGCACCGGCUCGACCGGUUUCUGCCCGUCAAACAGCAUUCAUGAUGAGGAAGUUUACAAAUGGCAAAAGAUCCGUUUACACGUGUAAGCUCUUAUUGCAAGUGUAAGAGAACAUCUGGAGUCGAAUGUAAUGAUUCAACAGGAAUCUGGAGUGACGAGAUAAAUCAGUGACUUUCUAAGUGUUUUCUGUUAUGAUGCGUGACAUCAUCAGCUGUUCCUCAUGACAGCGCUCGUCAUCGUUUGGCAAGAAAAUCUCUUGAAAGACAAAAUACUUCUGGAGUUUGAUCCGCUCAAAUGUGUUCUCUGGGGGACCCCCAAUAUAAUACAAUAAUAAUAACUGUUACACAAGCAUUUCUGUUAAUGGAUGUGAAGUCUGUCAUGCACACAAAUGGAAAUCCCAUGUGAAUGUGAAUCACUUUGUACUAUGAAAAUUAUUUUGUUUUUAACCCCUUCUGUGUAUUUAUAACGUUGUUCACAAUAAAGACGAUCAUGAGUUCUGUUUAAUAUUCAGCAGGAGCAAAAUAACAUGUCCACUCUGUCCAUUAUAGAAUAAACAUAUUAAAUGAGCUUUAUUUGUUACAAAUAUCCUGACGCAAAUGUUGCAGCUUAAAUAAUUCAGAUCCUUUUUCUGUCCAAUCAGAACGGAGGUCUUGAUUAAGACACGUCUCCAGAUCUCUCUGCAAUUAUUAACCAUUAAAGUGCUGAAGAUGCUUUGAAUUAGAAAGAAAUGUCUGC